CGUCGUAUGUGCGACAGGCUAUAUACGAAAGACCCCUCGACGAUGCACGCUUGUCUGACAUAUUUCACUCGUUUUGAAACUUCUAGGCACUAUUUAAACAGAGUUCCGUGUGCUCUUCCCAGUUCUUUCAAAUGUCAUUUGCAGAAAAGUGUUUUUAGGAAGCGGUUGGCCGCCAAAAUUGAUUUGUGUCGUUUCCAUAUUCCAUAUCCUCGUUAUAAAGUCAUUAUUUCCAUGGAGACAGCCGAGGAAAGCAGCCCGGUGUCGACACAGAAGACCAUGGUGGAAGAGGCUAAAGUAACCGGCAAACGUAAAAGCGACGAGCUGCCAGAAGCGGGCAGCGGAAGAAAGCGGCAAAGAGGAGCCGGGGGAAAGAAGCUGAAACCCGGCGAGAGAUAUGUUCCUCCUCCCCAGAAGCGGAACCCAGGGGUCAGUUUCAGUCAGGCACAUUUCGACGAGACCUCGUACUACUUUGAAGAUGGCCUUCGGAAAGUGCGCCCGUAUUUCUUUGACUUCAAGACCUACUGCAAAGGUCGCUGGAUAGGGAAGAGCCUUAUGGAAGUGUUCGAGAGAGAAUUCCGGACUGAGUCCAUUGAGUAUUACCUGAAAGCUGCUAAAGAAGGUCGCAUCCGCCUGAACGAAAUUCCCGUGGAGGACCUUUCUCUGGUCCUUAAGAACAACGACUACAUGAGGAAUACCGUGCAUCGUCACGAGCCCCCUGUGGUGGGCAAGCCCCUGGAGGUCCUGGUGGACGAUGGUGAAGUCCUCGUAGUGGACAAGCCCGCCUCCAUCCCCGUCCACCCUUGCGGUCGCUUCCGGCACAACACAGUGAUUUUCAUUCUGGGUAAAGAGCGGGGCGUGUCUGAGCUGCACACAGUCCACAGACUGGACCGCCUCACCUCGGGGGUGCUGCUCUUUGCCAGGACACUGGAGGCGUCAAAGAAACUGGACCAGCUGGUGAGAGAGCGCAAGCUCGAAAAGGAAUAUGUUUGCCGAGUGGAAGGUGAGUUUCCAGAAGGUGAACACGUCUGCGAGGAGCCCAUCCUGGUUGUGUCCUUUAAAAUCGGACUGUGCCGCGUUGACCCAAAGGGAAAGGAGUGUCGGACGGUGUUCCAAAGGCUGAGCUUUAACGGGAAGACCAGCGUAGUGCGCUGUUUGCCUCUUACGGGCCGCACCCAUCAGAUCAGGGUGCACCUUCAGUACCUGGGCUUCCCUAUCCUCAAUGAUCCCAUCUAUGGUUCCUCCGCCUGGGGUCCUCACAGGGGGAAAGGUGGACUGAUGGGAAAGAGUGAUGAGGAGAUUCUUAAGGCUCUGGUAGAGGAACAUCAGGGUCAGGAAAGCCUCCACCUCUUGAAUUUAUCUGACAAAGGGAGCAUUUUUUCAAAGGAGACGGAGAAAGACAAGAAAUUGGAUGAUGGGUCAUGUGAAACUGAAAAAAGUGGAGAAAGCAGGGAAAUCAUCGAACAGUCCACCUCAGAAGAGAGCAAAGACAACGCCUCUAUCCAAGAACCUCAAGACCAAUGGCAUGGAGACCAAAAAGAGCUGCUGCCAAGUAGUCCAACAACCAUUGACCAUCUUUGUAGUGAGUGCAGACUAGUGCGAGCUGAUCCCACGCACAAGGAACUCCUCAUGUACCUGCACGCUUUACGCUACAAAGGACCAGACUUUGAAUACUCAACACAGUUGCCUGGCUGGGCCAAAGAGGACUGGGUGGAAGUGGAAUAAAGCAAGAACCCUCGUCCCUCCCUCUCCGCACAUCACCUUAAGGGGCUGAUCCAGGUGUAAUUUAUGUGUAUGUUUAGUAGGUUCUGUUUUUCCAUUUUCUCUGAUGGCUUACUUGACAUAGACUCACUGUCUGAUGACAAAUCUUGUCUCACGUUAACUUCCUUUUCAAGAGAAAUGUCAGCUUUGUCAUGCCAUAUAUUUUUACUGUAAAAUCUGUUGGGUACAAUUUGAUGGAUAACUUGCUUUGUAAUCAUAGAUCAAGCAGAUGUUUGGUUAUUUUUUUCUAUUUUAACUAAAAAAUAUCAUUUUGUAGCAUUUUUAGCUAGUAUUAAUUUCAAAGAUAAGCAAUGGCAUCCUUUACAUAUAAAGAACAAAUACAUUUAGUAAUAGAAGAGUAAGUACUUUAUUUUUGCAUAUUAUUUCCAGACUUUUGAGGGCCAUAGAAAAUAAUGUGCCGGGCCAGAUCUGACCCCCUGGCCUUGAGUUUGACAUCUGUUAUAUGGAAUGUAAUUUGGGUUUUCUACGAUGAAGGGAUACUCAACAUUUCAAUAUUUAGUUUACCUUAAAAUUAUAAUUAUCCAUAAUGUAAUUUGGUUACUAAUUUAGCAACUCGAUUUUGAUUAAUCAGAAUAUACAUUAUCUGGGAAUAUACAUUAUUGUAAUUAUCUGCUGGAAAUACCACACUCAUUAACCAAAAAUGCAACACUUUGGUUCUACAAAGUAAGACCCCUGUGAUUAGAAUCAUCGCUCAGAAACAUUAAAUCAUGGUCUUGUAACCUAUGAGGUGAUCAUUGGACAGUGACACUAUUUAUGUAGUCUUCUGCUUUCUGUGUGCUUUUAGUUUCUAUGUAAUGUACAUCCCAUAAUGCAAAUCAAGUAAAUUCCAAUGUGGGAUAAAGUCUCGUGUUAAUAUCAGCUGUUCAAUAACAUUCGAAGUGCUUUCAUUUUUUCUUUCGGCUUCAGUAAGGCAAGCCUGGAAUAAAUUAUCCCUUUGUUAA